UGGCGCGGCAGUCGCGCGCGGCACGUGCGCACACCGUCUUGCGCUGCCGCGACCCCGCUGCCCGCGUCCUCGCUACCCAUACCGCUCAAUAUUCCCACAUAUUAUAUUUAAUCCUUCAUUAAACCAACUAUCAAAUAGCCCCUUCGGAGGUCACAAAUAACCCCUUUAACUCGCAGUCUGCUUUGUGAAGUGAUCUUAAAAUUAAUGGGUCAAUAGCACGACGAGAGUCUUUUACCGAGAUUACCUACUUACAUCACUGGCACGAUAAUUUCGGCGGGAAAUAUUUUCCAUCUAUUUAGCAAACAAAAUUCAGUGUUCGAUUGUAGAUCAUAGUAUCUAAGCAUAUCUAAGCAAAGCUAUAUCAGUAUCCAAUUCAUUUAUUGUUGAUCAACACAGUAACAAUAAUUAAUUAAUAAGUCGAGUGUUUUAGUUUAAUUUUCAAACCAAAUAGUAAUUGAAAAAUUGAAAGUGUUUAAAAUUACUACAACCCAGUGCCAUCUUAAUCAUUUGAAAGAAUGAAAUCAAAUUAAAAUGAAUAAAUAGUAGAUACAUACUAAUUUUUAAAUUGUUUAUCAGAAGUGUUGUUUCAAUGUGCUAAAAGUGUAAAAUCAACGUUCAAAAUGGUUAAAAGCAAAUAUGAGUUUUCUGCUUUAAAUUUGGGCAUGCGUUAGAGCUAUGGAGAAAUCAGUGCAAGUGCGAUCUUCAAACAAGUGUUCAUGUUGGAUUUGUUUUGUGUCGCCAUGGAGAUUUUCGGAUUUAUCGGAGGAGAAGUUGUACUUGGCAUAUACUCAAUGUCAACGCCAAUGUGCCGUACUGCGGCUACUCGCCACCGGAAUAUUGUUUCAGAUCUUCGCCGCCCUUGUGCCCGGAGAACGCGACCUACACUUCGCUUAUGCCUCAGUAGCGAUAUCCCUGAUAGUGAAUUUGUCCCUGGCGACGGUUUAUGCCCUAGCUCACCGCGUCCGAUCAACAUUGAACCAUGUGGCCUGGUUUGUCAUAUGGGCUCAGCUCUUACUGAGUUCAUCGCGACGCCUCGGAGACUCUUACAACGAAUUACUAGGCUGGGCUGUCGUGCUGCAAUACUUCACACUGGCAACGCUACCAUUCCAUUAUAUGCUUUUGAUAUUCUAUAGCACAUUGUCUUUCGCCGCAUACUUGAUGGUUCAGUACUACAAUGCUUCUACAGCUGAAAGUAGGCUUGCCGAUGAUUUUUAUAUGCAGCAAGUAGCAAAUGGUUGUCUCUUAUUGGGAGCGACAUUUCUGGGAGGAACCGCUUAUGCAGUCAAUGAAAAGCAACAACGUAGCUCUUUCCAAGAGACGAAACGAAGUUUACGCGAUAAAUUGACAAUAGAACAACAAAGUAAAGAACAGGAAAGGUUAUUGUUGUCAGUACUUCCUGAACACGUCGCUGUACAAAUGCGUCAGGAUUUGGGUUUAAUAGAUACCCAAUUUAAGAAAAUAUAUAUGUCACGACAUGAAAAUGUGAGCAUUCUAUAUGCAGACAUUGUGGGGUUUACGGCUAUUUCCUCGACCUACUCGGCACAAGACUUAGUCGCGAUAUUGAACGAGCUUUUCGCAAGAUUCGAUCGACUUGCAGAGAAAUAUCAACAGUUACGAAUAAAAAUCCUCGGUGACUGUUACUACUGCAUCAGCGGCGCGCCAGUGGAGCGACCAGAUCAUGCGGUCCUUUGCGUCCAUAUGGGGCUCUCCAUGGUUAAGGCUAUUAAAUAUGUCCAACAAACGACCAAUUCGCCAGUGGACAUGCGCGUGGGCAUCCACACUGGAGCAGUACUAGCAGGAGUGCUGGGUCAAAGGCAAUGGCAGUUUGAUGUCUAUUCGCGGGAUGUUGAAUUAGCAAACAAGAUGGAAAGCAGUGGGAUGGCCGGUCGCGUGCACGUCUCGGAAGUGACGCUUAGUUUCCUGAACAACGAGUUCGAAGUGGAACCUGCGCACGGGGAGCGGCGGGAGGAGAUGUUACGGCAGGCGGGCAUCAAGACCUACUUUAUUGUCCGCGUUCUCAAACCCUACCAGGGUGGCGAAGAGAAAAAUGCAGUGGAAGGGGAGGCGGCGGAGGGAGAUACGAGCGACGCGCUUUCCGACCUCAAAGACGACGACGAGGACUCUGUUCUAUCACCGCAAGAUGAGAGCAAGGACAAUGAGGAUGUGAAAAUACUCGCUAUGUUAGAGGAAGAGCUCGUCAAUAGAGACGACGACAAGGAACUAGCAGAUGCGACGACGCUUUGCCUGACGUUCAAGGCGAGCGGUGCGGAGGCGGUGUACGCCCGGCGCAGCGACCCGUGCCCGCUGACGGUGGCCGCGCCGCCGCUGCUGCUGCUGCCGGCCGUGGUGGCGCUGGCCAGCUUCGCCGUGCCGCCCAGCUGGUCCCUCCACGCGGUGUAUCUCGCGCUUGUGCUCGAGACCGGCCUCAUCAACGUCGUGUACUACGCAUGCUACCGAUAUGCACAAUAUAAGAAAAAAACCAUGUCACCUUAUUGGAAAUUGACUUGUGGAACCUUUAACAUAGCAAUGUUUGUCGCCGCGAAUAUUGCUCCUCUGAUUAUUUGUGGUAACUUCGAGACCGCACUAGCCGAAGACGAGAUAAGAGAUGAUGCGCCUGCGCACGGUGGCGCACGACGAUGUAUUCAUCCCUCGUAUUAUUAUCAUAUAGGUGCGGGGGCGGCGUGCGGCGCCCUGUGGGUGUCCCCGCUGGGCGGGUGCGCGCGCGCCGCGCUGCUCGGCGCGCUGGCGGCCGCGCACGCCGUGCCCGCCGCGCUGCACCCCGCGCUGCUCACGUCGCGCCCCACGCUCGACCGCGACCCCUUCCGCCUGCCGUACAACGCUACAGCGGACUACGAUGAGGCUCUCUACAACAUUCUGGCUCAGAUCCACACCGGACGCCACAUACUGAUGUUAUUUAUGAUAGCGAUAGUGGUUCUCCUUUACAACCGAUACAUCGAGGCGCUGGAGCGCGCCCGGCACUCGCGCGGGGAGCGCAUGCGCGCGCAGGCGGAGCAGGCGAGCGACCUGCGGCGCCGCAACCAGGCGCUCGUGCACAACGUGCUGCCGCCGCACGUGGCGCGCCACUUCAUGGGCGCGCGCCACCACCACCGCGACCUCUACAGCCAGAGCUACGCUGAAGUGGGCGUUCUCUUCGCCUCCAUGCCCAAUUUUACAGAGUUUUACUCGGAAGAGACGGUUAAUAAUCAAGGCCUAGAAUGUUUACGAUUUCUCAACGAAGUUAUAUCGGACUUCGAUCUCUUAUUAGAAGACUCCAAAUUCAGUAAAGAUAUCAUAAAAAUAAAGACAAUAAGCUCUACAUACAUGGCUGCGUCAGGCCUAAAUCCCACACGACAAAUGCAGCCAUCUGAUGGUGUUCUGGUCCGCUGGGCGCACUUGGCUUGCCUUGUAGAAUUCGCAUUGGAGUUACAACGAGUGCUCGCGGCCAUCAAUGAGCAAUCGUUCAACCACUUCGUGCUGCGAAUGGGUGUUAAUCACGGCCCCAUCACUGCUGGUGUGAUUGGAGCCCGGAAACCGCACUAUGACAUAUGGGGCAAUACUGUCAAUGUUGCAUCGCGUAUGGAGAGCACUGGCAAAGCUGGUUGUAUACAGGUAACUGAAGAAACUUGUCAGAUCCUCCAGAGUUUCGGAUAUUGGUUCGAGCAGCGGGGUCUAGUUGCUGUCAAGGGAAAGGGGCAGUUGAUGACGUAUUACUUGCAGGGCAAACGAGAGGGAGCCGUUGGACCAAACGAUACGUUAAAUAUGGGUGAAGACUGCGACGUGAAUGCCAGAGAUACUUUACUAGCAAACGGCGAUGCUCCCAUUGCUUCGCGCUCCUCUCAACAACACACUGUUGAGGAUGUAGACCAUCCACUUCUCUCCUAAAAUAUCUAAAUUUUAUCGUUGCGUUUAUUAAAGUUGCUGCAAUCUUGCCUAUCUACUUUAUUUUUAGGGUACUGUACCUCAAAAGGAAAAACGGAACCCUUAUAGGGUCACUUUGUUGUCUGUCUGCCCUUUAACACAAUUUUUAUAACGUUUAUCAAUACAUGUAUUACAAUUAGGUACUAAGUAGAAAGAUUUGUCUGAUACUAUUAAUUCUAUUCCGUUACAUUUUGAACGGCUGAAAAGGUUUUUACCGAUGUAACCUGUACCUGCAACCAUUAUAAAAAGUAUAAAAUAUCAAGGACUCAAUUUUCUUUUUGUUCUUUCAUGUUUGUUGACCGAGCGAAGCGAGGUCUCUGAGUCUCCUAGUGUGAAACUGCAUUUGUCCAUCCGUCCGUCUGUCACAGCCUUAUAACUUCUGAAUUAAACAUAAUUUAAACAUAAUAUGUAAACUGAUGGCCUUCAGCCGAAUAUUGCAUAGAAAAAUAUAAAAAUCUUUAUUUCAGAGGGGCUCUUAUGCGAAAUGGGGGGAAUAGUACUUUAAAGUGGAAAUUGAUUUCGAGGCUAUGUCUGUCAAAAAUGGUUACAUAUUAGAAACUUGUGUGUAAUUUCAGUCAUAUCCUGUACUUGAACAACAAAUACUAAAGUUAGAUAACUAUUGUAAAGAAACGAAAUUAUUUAAACUUUAACGGGGAUUUUUAUUUUUAUUUUAUUUUAAUGGAAUUAUGGCAUACUUUGAGGUCUUAGUUUGGGGGAAACCACUAGUAUAAAAUGGUUAUGAAAGUAAAGUCGAUGGUAAAAUCGUAUGUAGGUAUAUGAUCUAUUUACGUUGUAUAUAUUUAUAAAAAGUGUCAUUAUAAAACUAUACAACAUACUUAUUGUGUAUUAAUUUUGCCACACCUAGUUAUAGCUAUUUGAAUAAAAUUCAAUUGUAAAAGACUUUGUACCAAGUUCAUUCGUUCUUUUAUCUACAACAAACACCUAUAGUCACGGCCGAUUCUUAUGCUCUAACUAGGUUCUCAUUUGUAAUAAUUAUUUAAUAUUGUGAAAACUUGUAGAUUACGUACUUUUAAUCCAUUUUGUACAUUUCACUGAUUUGCAGUUAUUAUUAUUUAUUUGCAGCGGACUUGAAGCGACAUCCAAUAAAGUUGACGGUGUAUUAGCUAUCAGUGUGCGUGAUGUCAUACACCGGAGUUAAUUAGUACCUUAAUUAAAAGCACUUUGUUAAAAUCACUACAUGGUAAAAUUAGGUUUAGACUUCAAUCAAAAUAGUUAUUCGUACAUAACUUGGAUAGAAGGGCUGAUAAUUAAAUUAUUGCCUAAUUAAUAUUUUAGAAAGUACAUCAUCGUAUCUAAUGGCUAUUAGUUCUCGUAGGCACUUUUUAUAUUUUUUGGUCGUUAUUAAUACCUAAUGUUGAUUAAAUAAUUUAUGAGUUGAAAUAAAAAAAUUAAGCACCGUAGGUAGGGUGCUUACUGUGAAUUACUGACUCAUACCUAUUUCGUUAUUUCACUGUGUAAGUAUUAAAAAUAAUAAUAACUAAUACAGAAAUCAUUAUCAUACAAUACUACUUACAUAAUAUUAGGUUUAGGUACAUUAAAUGGGUAGCUAUGUCUAGAUAUCGUAGAUUUCAAAAAGUUGUUUCAUGUGUUUAUUAUACAUAUAUAUCUUAGUAUCUGCUUAUUUAUUUAUGCCAUAAUAGGACGGUAUAUUGCGAGAUUCACUUUUAUAAAUCCCAGCCAAAUAUUAUGGUGAAGUCAUACGCGUGCGAGGAUACUCAAAGAACAAGUUACAUAACAUACUCGUACCUACCUACAGUUUAUAGAUGAAUCUGUAGUCGAUGUUGCUGUUGCUUCAUCUUCAUAUUCGUGUACUAAGUAGCGAUAUUGUGAUAUUUGAGUUAGUUGUAUAGCUUUAUUCGUAUCGAUGUCGCUUACCUAUUUAUUAGGUUUAGGUUUAGCAUACAUAAUCAUCCUUUAGAGCGAGACAAAACAAGAUCAUUUAAUUAGGGAUUCAAUAUAAUAGAAGAAACUUCUUUGGUAGACUUGCUAAGAUUAGUAGAUAUAACAAUACACGAUUAGUUUCUAUUUUAAUAAUAAUAAUCGAAGUUUCAUAUAUUAUUAUCGUAGACUAUAGAGACUGUAUUAGGUAAGUAAGUCUUUAUCUAGGAAAAAUGACAUGCUUGGAGUUUUUAAGUAGAUUUAUUUCUAGGAUUAAAAAUUACUCGUGAUAUUAUAGUUGUGUACCUACUCUAGUAAUAUGUAGUUAAGUCUUCUUAGACUGUUGAGUUUGUUUUCUUCAAAAACGAUAUAACUUCCUGUGAUUGUGACUACUAAGAUAUAAUUUUAUACAUGUUCUAGCUCAAGUGUGUAAAGGUUUAACCUUUUGCGACUAUGAUACUAAUAAAUAAAGCAAUAUCUAUUGAA